CGCUGGAUCCGGGCUGUGUUUUCUGCGGUCAGGGCGUGUAGCAUAGCUAAGCUGUACGGCACAAAUUGUACCAGCGAGGCGGGGGGGCAAGGCAAAACAGUCGUUUCCUCUACAUUCGGCCGACAAAUGUUUUACUUGUAGCAAUUAUGGAUUUUGACGCUUUGUUUAACGAAAAGACAUUUCAGUUUUCGGACUUCCAGGAGUUUACGUUUCUUCCUGGACACCAGAAGUUGACUGAACGAGUUAGGAAACGACUGUAUUAUGGCCUGGACAAAGAUGUUUCUCUUGAUGCCCUCUCCUGCCCUGUUACAGAUAUUGCCGUAGAAAUCUUCCAGAAGUCUGCCCCAAGCCCGAUCCGAAAGCUCCAGAAGAAGUAUGCUGCUCAUGUUGCCAGGGAAGCUUGCAUCUCUCCAUGUGCCAUGAUGCUGGCUCUCGUUUACAUAGAACGGCUCCGACAUAGAAAUCCAGAAUACCUACAAAAGAUCUCCUCCUCUGACCUCUUCCUGAUCUCCAUGAUGGUAGCCAGCAAAUACCUGUACGACGAAGGUGAAGAAGAAGAAGUUUUCAAUGAUGAGUGGGGAGCUGCUGGGAAGCUGGAUGUUCAGACUGUCAAUACCCUGGAGAUGAAUUUCUUAAAUGCCAUUGAGUGGAGCCUCUUCACGGAGCCAAAUGACUUCUUUGAUAUACUUGGUCAACUUGAAACCAGCAUUGCGGAGCGACAAGGGAUGAAACGUGGGUGGUUUACGUACACUGACCUCUGUGUCCUCCUGGAGCAGACAGCAUGGAGCCAAGCCCUCACAGCCAUCUAUCAGCACUUUACUAAAGUAUCAUGUAUGAUUGGUCUGGUCUAUCUGACCAGUGUUGCUGGCCUCAUCGCCACCAGCACCGUUCUGCACCAGCUCAGUCUCGCCAGAAGUGGCCAGUCCCUGCUUCUGCCACAAGUAGAAAUAAGCUCUGCCCAUCUUCAGACUUCCAACAUGAACCCUGAAACUCCUGCUGCAGUGCAUCCCUGUUGUGUUUUGGCCAACAAGAGUCUGAACCGUCAGACCGGUGCACAUGGAAUGAGUCAGCAAUACAGACAAGAUCCACCCUCAUCUUCUUCCCAGACGUCAUUACUGUGUGUGUGGGGUUCCCUCCUUGCCUCCAUGGGUCACAUACAUCCUCUGUCUGAAAAUGAAGCUCCCCAGUCUUGGUCUGCUGUCUCACUCUUCUGUCCUGGCUGUCUGGCAACGCUUCCUCCUCUUCAGUGCGGGCUGAAAAAUACCUCAUCAUCACGCUCCACUCACGAGCACUUUGUUAAAGAUCAGCGUCACGUACCAUGGCUGUCCUCCAGAGUCCUUGGAGGUGUGGAGCCUGCUCUGAACUCUCCCCUGGGAGUGUUUGCUCCUGUCCAGCUGGGGUGCUGCCACCCGGAGUCGAUAUUACCUGUCAACAAAGCCCAGGCUCUACUCAUGCCAGGCUAAACACCAAGCAAACUCCAGUGCUAUCAGCCUGUAGUAAUGGACUCUGGAAAUUAAACCAGCAUUGUUUUCAUGAUGCGUUACAUCACAUUUUUAUUUACUUUUCCAGAUCUCGAUUACAGGCGCAAAAGUACGAGCAGGCACGUUCUCUGAAAUAAUACAGCACAGGGUGAAAAGUCAAUCAUCAAUCACAGUUCAACGUUACAGACAUAGUUCGCCAUCAAUUAAAUGCCACAGUUUUCAGUUAUUGCUUUGCAUCUUUUUUUCACAUUUUCACAAGAAAUGAAAAUGGGUGUUCUGAUACGCUUUCGUUGCCUACAUUCAUAUUGUUUUGUAACCAUAUUUAUCACCAUUAGGGAAUGCAGACUUGUCGGAUGAGAAAUGGGAGCCUUUAUCGUUGGUGUGUUUCACGUUUGUAUAUCAGUGAAUGAGUAUUUGCCAGAUCUGUGAAAGCAUGGGAAGUAUGAAAGUUUCACAGCAAGUUUGAAGAAGGGACACAGCUAGGUUUGUUGCUUUGAAAUUUAACUCUUACAUCUAUGUAUUUGCUUUAUGUUAACUGUUUCCUCAAAAAAAAAAUUGCAACGGAAGUUUACAUCAGAUACUUGCUGAUUGCACUGUUUUGGAAAACAAAUUCUCAACACUUUUUUAGGAGAAAGUCUAAGAAAGAAAACAAUUUGAAUCCAGAUUGUUCCCAUACCUCAGUAGAAAUGUCACUGCUCAAAGGAGAGCAUUUCUAAGAACGUUGUCUCAGUUCAAUGAAGUGAAGUUAACCUUUUUGUUGUAUUUUUCUUUUAUCAUCAUGUGAUAUGCAUUCUGUUUGGCAGUGGGGUGCAUGACAUGACUAUCACUCAUUUCAUUUAAUUUUUUACUUUUUCUCAAUGUGGUGGAAAGUUUGUAUGAAGGAGAUUCUAGAUAUUCUGGUUGGGGUUCUUGAAGUGAAUGCUUCUAAUACAGUAGCAUUUGUACAUACAUUUUCCAGUGAUAACUGCAGUAUUUUUGUGUAUUAAGUUUGGAAUUUGCACAUCAAGCUCCCUUUCUGUUGCAGCACGACAUUUCACUCCAGUUCUACCGCGUUCUCAAACAUAUCACUUUAAAACAUCAGAGAAAAAUGUUAAAGAUGGACAGUUUUGACAAGAAAACUGCUUUUAGAGUCAAAGUAACACGGCUCCCUGCGUAUUUACAUUGUAACCAAACCUUUGACAUAUUCCCCAGAAGCACAAUUUGCUUUAAUUUUGUAAAUGAUGUAAAAAUCUGUAAAGGAAAAAAAAAAACCUGAAUUAAUAAAGAAUGACAUUUGUGGCA